AAGAAGAAGAAGAAGAAGUUUAUUGCAUAAGGAAAAAGAUUGAAGGUUCAAGUUACUUAGCUCUGGCUUUCUCUUCAUAAUCUUCAUCUUCAUCUUCAAUAAAGUUUGGGAUAAGCUACAGUCUUGCAAAUUAGGGUUUGGGAUUUGGUCUAUGGAGAUCAAAAGGGGUCUCUGCCAAAACACUUUUUGUGCUCAGUAUCGGAUUGGUCCCUUUGAUGUUUGGAUUUGGAACAGGUAAUCUGAGCUCAAACUUUCUCUUUGAAUUUUGUCUCUAUUCCAAUUUGGGAAUUUUCUUAAAAUUUAACUGCUUUGCUAUUUUGCUUUUACUGCAGUGAAUUCGGAGUAUUGGUUUGAUGAUGCCGGCUGGAAUGCGCUACCCUCACAUGGCUUGUGUAGCUCUGAAUCCUCUUAUAUUUCCAACUAAUUCUGCACCCCUCAGCAUCAGUUUUAGCUCCUUUUCGGUUACAUAUGGAUCACGCAAACCGAGCCACCUCUGUGGCAUUGUGAACCGCAACGUUUUUUGGAGUGAUUUUAGUGAGAAGCAAAAUGGCAACAGUCAUCACUCUUGUUGCUGCACUAACACCAGCUCCACCAAAUGCUGCAGUUGUUUUCACAGAAAAGCACACGAUUGCAUCAGAAUGGUGCCAAAGUUGCUUCAAGAUUGCAUCAUAAAUCGCAAAUUUGUUCUGGUUUGGUGUGUUUCUUGCAGGUCACAGGUCGUCAUUGGACAUGGUUGCUGGUGUGUUGAUUGCAGCAAGAUUAUUAGAACAAACUCUAAGAGACUCCUCCAAAAUAUUUAGCAUCUUGGUCAUAGUCAAAAUCGUACUCUCACACCAAACUUCCUAACAACAUCAUCAACAAUGUCUUCCAAAUGCCCCAGUAUCUUCUCCGACAUCGGAAUAUUAUCCAGAGAUAUCCUUACCAAAGAUUACAACUCCGAUCAACGGUUCACAAUAUCCUCCUCCACCAACUCCGGCAUCGAUUUGCAUUCAACGUUAUUGAAGAGUAGAGGACCUUCCUCCGGUGAUGUUGCUGCUCAAAUUAACCACAAAAAGAAUACUCUUCUUUUCAAAGUUGAUACCGAAUCAAGUGUGUUGACAACAUUUACUCUCACAGAUUUUGUGUCUUCUGCGAAAGUCGUUGCUUCUAUUCGAUUACCUGAUUACAAAUCCGGAAAGAUUGAGGUUCAAUAUCUUCAUGAUCAUGCUGGUUUUACUACUUCUGUUGUUUUAAAUUGCAACCCUGCUAUUGAUUUUUCUGCGACAAUUGGUACUCCUGGGAUUGCAUUUGGCGCGGAAACUAGCCACUCCACAAGUGUUGGGAAGCUUACAAAGUAUAAUGCUGGAUUGUGUUUGAAGAUGCCGAGUUCGCAUGCUUCCACCCAAUUUUCCGGAAGAUUCAAAGACGGUGUUGAUUGCUCAGUUAAGGAUGCUUCGCAAGGUUUUGCCCGUUGACUCUUCCCGGUACUUUCAUUAUAAUAGUAAAAUGCACCACUCCCCGGAUCUUUUGCUUCCACCUUCAUGACAAACCAUCCUGGAGGUAAG